CCCUCCCUCACUCUCCUCCCUCCUCCUCAGAGAACCAGCUCCGUCUCUCCCUGCACUUGUCUCUUCAGUCAAGGAGAAACUAAUUGGAGGAAAGAAUAGAAGAAAGGAGCUGUUGGAAAACUAAACGCACCAAAACUUUACUUCUCUACAGCAUGCCACAGAAAGAUUACAGAAGUCAGACGAGCUGGGAGACUGGUGUGGCAUCCAUGAUGCAAAACAAGGUCCAUGCCGUCUGCAGUGAAGGUCACAGUGGCGUAAACCAGCUGGGCGGUGUGUUUGUGAACGGGAGACCAUUACCUGACUCUACCAGGCAGAAGAUCGUCGAGCUCGCCCACAGUGGAGCUCGACCCUGUGACAUAUCCAGAAUCCUGCAGGUGUCAAACGGCUGCGUGAGUAAGAUCUUGGGCCGGUAUUACGAGACCGGCUCAAUUCGCCCUCGAGCCAUUGGAGGGAGUAAACCCAGAGUGGCCACCCCAGAGGUGGUGGGAAAGAUCGCUCAGUACAAAAGAGAGUGUCCGUCCAUUUUUGCUUGGGAGAUCAGAGAUCGACUGCUGGCAGAAGGAGUCUGCACCAACGACAAUAUACCUAGCGUUUCCUCAAUAAACCGUGUGCUCAGGAACCUGGCCAACGACAAGCAGCAAAUGGGCACAGUAGGAGCCGAAGGGAUGUUUGACAAACUCAAAAUGCUGAAUGGACAAACCACGUGGGGGGGACGCUCGGGGUGGUAUGCUGGGACAACACUCACUGCCACUGAGUGUCCACAGGCGGAGGGAGGGGAGAGCACCAUAUCAGUUGGUUCCAAUGGCGAAGACUCAGAGGAGACUCAGAUGAGACUCCAGCUGAAGAGGAAACUACAAAGAAACAGAACGUCUUUCACGCAGGACCAGAUAGACGCCCUGGAGAAAGAAUUUGAACGGACCCACUAUCCAGAUGUGUUUGCCCGAGAACGCCUUGCCAACAAAAUAGACCUCCCAGAGGCAAGAAUACAGGUUUGGUUUUCCAACAGACGAGCUAAGUGGAGAAGAGAGGAGAAGCUGAGAAACCAACGUCGUCAGGUGUCCAGCUCCUCCAGCCACAUCCCCAUCAGCAGCAGCUUCAACACCAGUGUUUACCAGCCGCUUCCACAGCCUACAGCACCAGUCUCAUUCUCAUCCGGAUCUGUGUUGGGACGUCCAGAUGCAGUUCUGUCCAACGGCUACAGCAUCCCAGCCAUGCCCAGCUUCAGUAUGGCUGCUAGUCUGCCAAUGCAAGCAUCAAGCCAGACCUCCUAUUCCUGCAUGCUGCCCACCAGUUCGGCUGUAAAUGGAAGAAGCUAUGACACAUAUACUCCUCCGCACAUGCAGCCACACCUCAACAGUCAGUCAAUGACAUCGUCCGCAACAUCGUCAACAGGUCUGAUUUCCCCUGGUGUCUCAGUUCCAGUCCAAGUUCCAGGAAAUGAAGCGGACAUGUCACAGUACUGGCCACGCCUGUAGUGGUGGCAUUUCCAUCAACAAUCGCUUUGGCCUGCAGUGAUCGACUGCGCGGGCAGUUAAUGUGCGCUCACUAUCCAGUUCACAGCUUCAGAGUCAAAAAAGGAAAAAAAAGAGACCCAUCAUGGAAUAGACCAACGUUGCACCACAGCAAAUGAAUUGUAAAGAAUCUUGUUGAUGUUUACGAGACAAUUUCAAAUUCUGGAGACGAGCAGUUGAGAGAUGUUAUGACUACUUUAAACUUUACAAGUUCAGCUACAACUGAGUCCACCGUUCCAUGUCAUCUACCUGCCGCCGCUCAGUCUAGCUGGUGGGGAACCUGCACGGCACAGGCCCAGAAUGAAAAAGCUUUAGCCUGAGCAGUACUCAGGAAGCUCAGGAAGUAGGACUGUCCUCCGCCUCACAGGAAUAAGCUGGUCAGUCUCUGUUUGGACAUUCUACAGGAGGACAUAUUACCUCUACUUUCACUCCCUAAUUUAUAUCAUGUUGGUGAAUUUGUAGCAGAAAAAAAAAGAAAAAUAUGUUGACUGAAACGCAAAGGGAAGAAUUUAAUGAAACUUGAAAUAAACUGUCUGCAGUGAAUCUUUACUAACACACAGUGGACGCCCUGGACUGGGAUGUGUAUAGAAUUUCAGAAUGUGGAGUUUGGUUGUUUGUGUAUUGGUAUUGUAUAAACUCUGACAUGGAUUAGAUCUGCUAACAGGCAUGAACUCUUCUCAUUUUCUUUUUCUUGUGGGGGUGAAGGGUGGGGAGUCCAAAGAUAAAACAUUAAACCCACCAUUGAAGGACUGGAAACAGAACAAACACUUUGCUAGCUUCUAAAACAUGCAUUUGAUUGUGUCUGGGGUGUAAAUCUGUUCUUAAUUUCAAAGUGUAAAGUGUCUUCUCCAGUGGUUAUGGAAGGGUUCCCAUAAUAAAAUUAUUCGAUUAUUA